CCAGCCCCGGUGAAGGCAGCCCGCCAGCCUGCUUGGCAUUCGGCUCUCAUUGCUGGGAGAAACACAGCUGCUAAGGAGCUGAGUUCAGUGGCUGCGAGCAUCUCGGUCCAGGGUCCCCCCCAUCCUGGCUCGUCAUAUGAUUUCUCCAAAGGGAUAACCGCUGAGCGGGACUGCGUCUCCAAGCUGAUCCUUUGCUGAUAAGCCAGCUGCCAAGUCUCCAGCGCUAAGACAAAAGAGUUCCCAGCAGGUUUUUCUGCUGUGAAUGACAGAGGCUGCCUGGCACUCCACGUUGACCAGAGGCUACAGUGGCUCCUUCCCCCCUGCUGUGCUGGCAGAUCAUGGAGCUUUUCAGGCUGAGCCUAGGAUGUAUUUGCCUCCUUCCUUGGCUUGAGGUAGCAGAGGGACAAGGCUUUCUCAUAAGGAACACUCAGCUGGAAAAGUGCAUUUGCGUCUCCCAUCACAAGCCCAACAGCAUCAACCUGACUGACUGCAAGGAGCAAUCCCAGCAGCAGCAGUGGAGCUGGGACCCCAAUGCCGGGACCAUUGUCAGCCUUCAAACAAAGCAGUGCUUGUCAGCCCACAAGACACAUGAGCAUGCUCCGGUGAAGCUGGAGCCCUGCGGGGACUGGGAACGCCAAGUGUGGUCCUGCAGCAAGAAGGGACACUUGACUCUGCAGAGCUUGCGCUUCCACCUCAGCACCAAUGAAGGAGGACACAAGGUCUUUGUCUUGAGGAAAAAGGACAAAUUCAGCAGGUGGAAGACACUAGCAGAGGAAACCGUCUGUGCUGCUGCCCAGACAGCAGCUCCGAGGCACAGCACACCAACACAACAAGCUGCAGACUUGCGCGUGUGGAUCCAUAAAACUAAAACCAUUGAUUCACCAAAGACCAGUGCUGUGGACAGAGAAUCUUCUGUGAGCUUGACUGACCCACCGCUGGCUAACAAACUUAACAGCACAGUGUCUCCUGUGAAGACCAAACAGCCGUACCUCCCAGCAAACGAGGAUGUAUCCCAUAAUCACUCGAAAAAGCACCAUGGAAAUCGAGGGAAAAACGCCGGGGCCAGGCUUGCAGGCACCAACUGGAAGACAGCCAUGCUGGUCCUCAGCCCCUUGGCAUUCAUACUGGGAUUAAUAAUACUGACACUCAAUGUCCAUUACAACAAGAAGAAGAAAAUCCUCUCUGCUCUGAAGAGCUCCGCAGCAAACAGCAGCAGAGCUGACUUACGGGAGCCGUCUCCCUUACAAAGAGGUCCCCGGACGUACCUUCCACCAUCUCGCUCCCCUUCCCUGAGGCGUGGAGAAAUCCUCAUCGAGUGGAAAGACGGGACUGUCACUCCUCUUUUUGAUAACGCCAAUUAUCAAAUGGACUAGCUCCAAACCAACAGAGCUGUUGUUCCAUGCUGUGUCACCCUUCCCACCAGGAAGAGUGCCACCACUGCCAAUCUCCUCCCUAGCCUUGCUGUUUUGACAGGGAGUUGUAAACACUGUUUGGGGAUUUUUUUAACACUUGAGAACAAUCUCCUUGCACAGCACGACGUUGAAGCAAGCAGAGCAGAUUAUUUGGUUCAUCUAGACACACGCUGCUUAGCUCUUCCAGAGCUUUUCUAACCUAUAACAAAAACCAGAUUUAGCUUAAUGAAGCCAAGACUCUUGCCAGCUGCAACUGUCCUUUGCCCCUAAAUUCAGAGUUACGGAUCAUAUAAGAAACUAAAUCUUUGGAGACAAAGUGUAAACUGAAAAACAGAAGUCCUGAUGAUCCACAAAUCCUUUUUGAGCUAAAACUAGCUGCCAAGAGGCACAGAAGGCUGUCAGUUACUCUAUCAGUGUGAGAACAUAACUAAUAAGCACUGUCUUCAGGACUCAGAAGAUAAAAUCUCUUCCAGAUAUCUGCCAAAAUACUAUCCUCACUAAGCUGUCAAUUAAGUGACAGCAAGUAAUUUUUCUAACUUAAUAGGCAGCACUCCAUCGUCCUCUCUGCAUCACUGCAAGAGUCCUGCUGAGAGAGUACAUAUCUCUUGAAAUAUUUCCAUAUUUAAGACAUAUUAGACCUUAUUAUAGAACACAUCUUCUUUCUUUACGGGGAAUGACAAGUAGCAUCAGUGGUGCUUGUCGGGGAUAUGAUAUUACCCAGCUAUUUUAUACCAGCUGCAGUCUCUGACAUCCCAUAGUCAUAUGGAAUAGUCAAUGAACAGAUAUAUUGCUCCCAUCAACAGCAGUAACAUCUUUUUUCUAGAAAGGAGUAAAGCAUUUCCAGCCUUUACACUUCCUGUUUGAGCAUACCUGUGACCAUCACACUCAAUCCUGAUCUUUUCUCAGUGAAACUUGCGAUGUCUUACUGCUUUUCUAAUACUAAUGAAUUUAUGCUUUCCUUCUCACUGAUCCUGUGGCAAUGUAAACUGUAAUCACAGCUAUAAUCAGGAAUUAUGUGGAAAAAGAAAUACUAACACCAGGAAAUUACAAGCAUGAGCUGCAUCAGUGUAUUUAUUCAACAAAGCAAGGGAAACCAUACCCUAACCUGUUUCUUACUCAGACUUAACCAACACUUCUCACUUUACCGAUAUUAAGUUGUACUAUUUCAGUGGAACUUGGACUUCUCUGGAGUAUGAUUUUAUUUACCCUAAGGCAGAAGUAAGGUCUCUAAGGAAUUUAAAAUCUCUGAGUAUUUUUACUGUUUUCUAAACAUAGAUCCGCAGCCUGGUAAAAAGUUAACUGCUAUGAGAUACUAUUAUGAGCAAAAACUUAGCUGGUCUCAAGAAAGACAAUACAAACCUUAUUGGUUUAGGGGAUAAAAAUCACAGAGGUUGGAAAUAAAUGUCUUCCCUUGGCAGAUUAUUCCACAAUCAUUUACUGGAGGGUUUCCCACAUGAUCCUUGGGAAAACAUUUUAUUACUAGACACGGGCAGAGGAGAACUCUUUUUUUCCACCAGUGAACAGUGAACACAAACAAGAGUCAGAAUUAAAUUCUGACCUUCCAAUGUUUCCACUUUAAAACAAAUACAAAGCCUUUUGGGUCAAGUUUCCAACUGCGUAAGCACCAUUUUACACACAAAAUUUAUGUGAAUACGUUCCGUACAUAAACCUCUCAAAAUGCACAUGCAGUGCCUCACCAAUUAUGACAGUUACAUCCCUUGUACCUUUUCCUACCACAACUGAGACGCCAGCCUUUGAAAUUUAGUCCAAAGAGCACAUCACCUUAGAGUGCACAGCAUUUGUUAUUACAAAACCUUGAUGUCCUUUGGGAACUCUAAUGUAUGCAGUACCAUUAAAAUGGAAAUACUUCCUCAGAGUUCAGCUAAUGUGCUCUUCAAAGCAACAAGUGCUUAUGUUCAUUACUGCUGGACAGAAGAGAUUACUUGUUAAUGACUGUCUACAACUCAUGCUUGCUAUGCUAAUCUUGAUCAUAAACAUGAAGGCAGUUAACACCAUUGUUUACAUAGCACUGAUGAAAUGGUAGCUCAAACGAUAAUUAAAAAAUAAGACUGUGAAGCAGCACAAGCUUGUAA